CGCUUUUUUGGUCUCGUCGUCAGCAUCUGUCGCAUUCUCAAGUAUGACCACGAUGAAACAUUUGCAAAAGAUCUUCUCAGCAGGAUGAUUGAAGCUAUGCUACAAAGGCAGUUAUACCGCUUGACUCCGUUUUAUGCGUCUCUACUCCCUGAAGACGAUGCUCUUACGAAGAUUUGGAGUGUAAUGCCGUAUGUGAAGAAAGAAAGCCAUCGCAAAGAUUUCAUCAGAGCAAUGAAUGAUGCAGGAUUUGAUGGAGACGACCUUGCUGUCCGCUUUGGCAGAUUUCGUAUGCUGGAAGACGUCGAUCAUUUGGACUUUCUCCGUUGGGUUUUUGUUAGCGGUGAGGACAAACUGCUUUAUGCUGUUGCAGAAGCCAAUACAGUGAUAAGAAACUACCUAUUGAUCGAUUGCGAAAAAGAAGCCAACGCUGUAGUGAACGAAUGUGAAAGAUUGAAAUUGGUUGACCGGCUAGCAUCAUCUCUCCGGAACCGUAAAGACUCGGACUCAUCAAAGAUAGAGGAUGCCGCGGGAAUAGCCAUAGACGAGUUUAACAAUCAUUGCCUUUGUUUGUCCGCUCUAGCGCAUUGCACUACGUUUGGUGUAGAGUGCGCAAGAGCACAAGCGGCUGCGAAAAGUGUGGCUGACGAUGAACAUGGCAGAGACAUCUGGUCUCAGCAAGGAGAUCUUGUAGGAUUAUCACAACGCACUGCACGACUCGAACGCAAUCAGUCCCGGCACGAACGCUCAAAACUGGCACUAGAUGCGUGCAAAGCUGUGACGUUCCCUCGACGCCGUGAGUGCUUUCUUACGACAUCUUGGUUGGAGAUCUGUCACAGACAUGGUAAGCCUUCCAUACCAUAA